AUGGACCACACAUACAAACAUUAUCUAAAACAACAUUAUUGAUAAAACCCAACCCAAACAAAACAUCAACCUAAACUUUCCAAAAUUUUGUCCACUUUAACUUUUUUUAAAAUAUGUUCUAAGAGAAAAAAAAAAACAAUAAAUUGGAGGACAGAACAACUCCACAACCCGGAAUUCGAAGGCGAAUUUGGUAGGCUUAUUUGAAGGAGAAGAAGAUGUCCGGCGGUAUUCCGGUGAAUGCAGGCAACGGAACGCCAUGGUCCACUGGCCUCUGUGACUGCUUCGACGACAUUGGAUCGUGUUGCUGUACGAUUUGGUGUCCAUGCGUGCCUUUCGGGAGAGCCGCCGAGAUUAUUGAUGAAGGAUCAAGUUCUUGUUUGGGUCAGGCAUCGAUUUUCACUGUCAUAACUUGCUUUACGCCCUGUAUAUGCCUUUAUACUUGCUACUAUCGUUCUCGAUUGAGGGCAAAGUAUCAACUUCAAGAAACUCCUUGCAACGAUUGUUGUGUUCACUUUUGUUGUCUGGGCUGUGCAAUGUGUCAAGAGUAUCGUGAGCUAAAGAAUCGUGGUUUCGACAUGCAUAUUGGUUGGCAAGGAAACGUGCAGAAACAAAACAAGGGAUUAGAGAUCCCGCCCGUGGUCGAAGGACAAAUGAAACGUUGAAGCUUGAAAGACUUAAAAAAAAAAAAAAAAGUCUUGUGAAAGCCAAGGAAUAAAAAGGAUGGUUGUUUCCUCUUUGCAUUUCGUUGUGUGCAUCUUUUUAUUGAGUUCCUCUUUUCUAGUGUGUUGGUUUGCGCAGGUCAAGGUCAAGUUUUAAUGCAGUAUGUAAGUACGGAAUGUCAUUGUUUGGAUUGAAUUUCUAGUUCAUUUAAGACCAAUAAUAUUAAUGUUCGAGUAU